AUGUAUAAUUCUUUGCACAUACAGUUCUAAUUUGCUUCUUAAUAUAUUAAUGAAUUCAAUUAUCUAUAAAAAUCUGUAUUAACUCCUAUUCUAUUUAUUUUCAGUUGCUAACUAAAAAUUAUUCAAUAUGUAAAGACUUUAGCUAUUUAAAAUAAAGAAAACUUAAUAUACUUUCAACUUAAGAAUUAAUAAUUAUUUAUGUUUAACCUUAACCUAUACAUGAAUAUUACAUUAUAGUUGCCUUACAAAAUUCAACUAGAUCUUUAAUUAUAAAUUAUUUUAAUGAUUUAGAAUUAGAGAUUAGUAUCUGUAAUGACCUUUACAUUAAAUUUAAAAUUAUAAUCUUUAGGAUUAUUCAUUUUAUUAUCCUUUUAAGUACGAAAAAAACAAAGAUAAAUUAGCUAUUUUAAUUGAAUAAAAUAUUUUUCUUUAUAUAGCCAUUGUUUUAAUAUGAAUAUCCAUGUUAAUAUUAGUAGAAAUUAUCGAAACCUAAUAAUUUCCUUUUUUAAUUGGACGAAUAAAAUUUAUUGUUUUCUUAGAACAAAGUAUGGAGAUAUUCAUUCUUUUAACAAUUUCUUGUUGAAUUAGAUAUAGAAAAGUUUCAUCAAGGUGGCUUGUCAUCAAACUUUUCAAUAAACAAUAAGGUGAAUGGUGAAGUUGAAAUAAAGAUUUAAAUCCAAAAUCAACGCUUUAAGUUACAUUCUCUCAUGAAAUCAAUUAUAAUUUACAUCGAAAAAAAUAAAAAAGAAAAAUAAAAUGUUUCUGAAAUGUUUUAUGGUCCAAUUAGUAAUUUGACAGUUUUAAACAAUUCAAGCAUUAUUUUGAAGGGAUCUUUUUAAAUUAAAUAAGCUAUUUAAAUUUUUAUUGAUAAACCUCAACAGUGUGUAUUAGAGAAUAUAAUUUUUAAACAAAAAAUUUAUAGUGUUUGUUGA